AUGCUGGAUGAGUUUGACUCACCUGAUGGAACGGUCCGAGCUUGUGAUUCUGUUCAUGUGGACCCCGUCACAGGCCUCAUCCUGCCCACCAUAAACGCCCACAUGCUUCUGGCCAGCGGGCACAGCAUGCCCAUCCCCCCGGACUUCUUCCUGCACCCACAGACGGCCCGGGUGCUGCCUGUGGUCGGGAACGUGAGCUUCGACCCGUCCAGCUCCACUCUGGUGUACACAGCUGAUGCCUGUGUGGGUGAGGUGGGUAAAUGGGAUUCUCCUCUGCUUCCCUUCAUCCCCUUCCCUUCCUCUCGUCACGCCGAGCUCACAGGGACCUCUAAGCUGCGGGGUCUCCGUGCGGGACAGAGACUGGUCUUAGGAGGACCCAUGUGUGACUGGGACACCGGGGUACUGGUGCCCAUCCUGGCUGUGACCAUCCACCCCCAGACUGGUAUUGUGUACCCACUGGGCGGGGUCUACAUGUGCCCCAUCUCACGUCUUUAUCAGCCCAUCCAGAUUGGCUGCCCCAUGCUGGACCCCCGCACAGGAAACAUAGCGACGAUCACAGGGGUCAGUCUGGACCCCCACACAGGAGCGGUUCUCCCAGUCGGGGGUCUGCUGCUGGGGGAAAGUUUCAUCGAGCCCCUGAGUGGCAGGCUGGUCCGGGUGGGUGGAGGCAGCCUCCGCGGGGGGAAGGUGGUGCCGCACGCCGGGGGGUUCCAGGCUCUGCUGGACAGCCAGGCUCUGGGGGCGAGGAUGCGGCUGGUGGAGCUGCUCCGGGGCAGCUGUGAGGAGAAGUGGAGCACCGGGACUCUGGAGCUGAACCGUGAGAUCAGCAGACUGAGAGCUGCCUCCUCAGAGCUGGAGCAGGUCUGGAGGAACAGCCAGCACUGCAUGCUCCAGCUGCUCAGCCGAAUAGAAGCCCAGCUGGAGUGGGCCUGGGGGGUGGCUGAGGACGGGGGCAGUCUAGGGGAGGUCAAGCUUCCUGGCACUGAGCUGUCUCUGCCCGCUCUGCCAGGCCUGGAGUAUCCAGAUCCUGGAGGUUCUGGUCUGUCUGUCCCUGUUCUUGGAGCCCAGCUGGACUGGGUCUCGGGGUGCACGGUGCCUCUGUUUGGAACCAUGGAGGACGCAGAUGGAAAAGGACUAAGCCCAAUCCGCUUUGGGGCGCGGACAGUGGACCCGGUUACAGGGGUUCUGGCUCCGGUAGUUGGGGCUCGGCUGGACAUGUGGAAGAGGACUGUGGUCCCGGUGACUGUGUCUCAUUGCCUGACCAUAGGAGACACUCCAGACAGUGUACUGGUGGAGGCCUUAAGAAGAGAGUGUGGUGCGAGAGCUGGGUACUGGAGACAGCAGAGAGUGAAGGAGGAAGAGCUGGUGUCGGAUUUAGAGCGAGCUCUGAGGAACUGUCUGGACGUGGCGGUGCAGGAGGAGUCGGACUGUCUUCUGUGGAGAGACAUGGAGAGGCAAUUGAAAGAAGCAGCAGCAGAUCUUCAAGAGGCAGCCCACACUGAAGCUCAGAGGAGAAACGCUCAGAACUCAGAGCUCUCGCUCCUCCUGCCCGCCCACAUCCUGCUCGUCCUCACUGGAGGUGAUGAGGAAGAGUGGGAGCAGCAGAGUCAGUGCCAAACUGAACUGACGACUGUGUUGAACAGAGUUACUGUGCUGAUGGUAAAGCAGCAGUGGGAGCAGGACCAACCAACACUGAGAGCUGAGCAGGCGGAUGAGAAGAUGAAGAUGAGGGAGCUGUGGAAGCAGUUAAAGCAGAGACUCGCUGAGCUGGACGCUGCGCUGUCUUCAGUACACUGGAGCUGUGAGCUUAGCCAGAUCCAUGCUGACACUGCACAGUCUAUGCUCUCAGGCACGUUCUGGUACAGGGAUUAUGGGCUGCUGCAGCCUAAAGCCGGGAGAAACCCUCUGAAAGCCGCCUCCAUGACUCAGCACAAAAUUCUCCCUCAGCUGGAGCGUCUCAUUCAGCUGCUGGAAGACGGAAAGCUCCCCAGCCCCUCCAGCAGAGCCCAGCGCCAGCAGAGCUCCGAACUGUCCACAAAGCAGACGUUUGACCGGGACACAUGCUCCAGAGCGUGGACUGUAUCCGUCCCAGCAGCUAAAGCUGUUUCUGCUCAGUCUCUGAAAGAUCAUGAGAAAGCGUCGGCUGUGAGUGAGGAGAUCAGCAGGAAGCUGCCCCUGUCCAGCACGUCCCCUACACACAGAGGACAGGACAGCAGCCUUGCUGAAAACCAGGAUGAUCAACACAUCAAGGAUCCUGGGAUGCCCAUCGACCUCACUGUCCCCAAACUGCCAGGUGAGGACUGGGCUCGGCUCCUGCAGAUCUCCCCGCUGUUCCAGCUCAUCAGAGAGGUGGAGCAGCAGAUCAGAAACAGAGUGUGGAAAACAGGCCUGUUCAACAGCAACCAAUCGGGUACCUCAUAAACCACCAGUUCAUGAC